UGCCUGGGGGGUGGCGGGCUUGCCCAGCCUCAACACUCCCUUCUGGCCUGGACACAGCAAAUUUUACAAACGUGAUGCACAAACACACAUCAGGCACGGGGGGGUUCCCUGGCCCCCUCACCUCCCCCUGCAAGCUGGCUGCUCCUGUGCUGCCGAGCUUACUGCUUCUCCAGCGGCUCCAGGAAAAGCUAUCAGAGGUUCUUAAUUUGUGGGGUGGAGGAAAUUGCUUUGCCUCAUGAGGACCAGUUGAAUAGCAGAGGAAGAAAGAAGAAUAAAUUAUUCAAUGGAAAAAUCAAAUGCGCAGAACCCCAUAUGUUACUGACAAGAAACAAUUCCUGUCCCACAAUGGCUCAGAUCUCCUCUGGAGCAGGAUAAGGACUUCAGGGAUCCAUCGACCAGAGGGGUGAAAGCGCAGCCGCCAGCUGGAGCUUGAAGGGCUUGCCAUUUUAAUGCAACAGCUCCUGCUGGCCCCUCAUCUCCUUUCUGUUUUUCUGGUUGUUUAUUGUCUUCAUCAUUCCAACGCAGAGGCACGGAAGCAGACCAACACCAACCCUCCCCUGCCAGACAUGGGGCCGGCUCUUCAUCUUCUCUCAUAUGUUGUAUUUCUAAGGUGCCUGUUCCCAGCAUCUAGGAAUUCUGUUUUCACACUCUGAGGGGUGUGAAUCUAUCAACCAGAACAACCCUUCACUAGUUGUAAAGUAGUGCCAUGAUUCAGGAACUAAUUAACAGCUAUUAGAUAAUGCAAUUAGCGCCACAAACUGCCAUCCUACCCUAAGUAUACCUUUCCUUUGUGAGCGUGAGCCAGAAAUGUCUAGCGUCUUCUGUUCCCUGUUUUUUCUCUCUCCUCUCCUCCUUGUGGUGGUGGCUGCACAAACUGCCCAGCCCCACAUCACAUCAGCAAUCUGACCUGACAGGAUUAAUCCCGUUAAGACUUUUACCCUCUCUGCACUUUUAGGAAGGCCAAGACAGGCAGGGGGCUGGCAGUAGGGCUGCCUUGGCUCUUUCCAAAUGUCACACCAAAGGUGAUGUGCCCAGGCCCAGCCUUGGCACCCGGAGAGAGCAGGAGGUGAUGUAUACCUUCUCCUGGAAUGUGCCUGUGGUGCAGGGGGCCACCUUUCCUCUCUCCUGGAGACAGGCAGCUCCCAGACCCCCACAGGAUCCAUUCAGCCAGGAGCUGACAGCCACAGCCCCUCCAUCCUGUCCCUGGGCUCGAGGUUGCUUUCAGUUGUGCUGUUGCUCCAGACCCAUGCAGGGCUAAAGCCCAUUUCCUCUGGGAGCCGCUCACGCCCGCAGGUGCCCACUAAAGCACGGCUUUCUGUGAUUCCUCUCCCUCCCCUGUGACAUCUCCCUCCCCAGGCUGCCGUGCGAGCGUGGGGCUUGCUUUAUGAUGGGGUUCCUUGCAGAGCUCUGCUCGCUCCCAGAGGCAGAGACACGGCUUUGCCCUGCCUUGCACCUGCUCCCUGGGUAUGCCCAGCCCUGAGGAUGAUGCUGGGAUGGGGGCAGUGCCACAACAGGAAAGGAGACGGCUGGUGAUGCCAUGUGGGGCAGGGGCUGUGGAGCAGAGGGCGGCUGUGCAGUACAGAGAGAAGAUGUGGGGAACACUGGGGCAGGAGGGCUGCUUGCUCCAGGAGCUCAUCCAUCACACGGGUGUGUGUAAAUGCCAACCUCUCCCAUUGUCUCUCUAUGCCGUGCAGAGGGCAGCAGCUCCUUCCACAUCAGGAGCAGCAGGGGCGGGAGGGAACUGACCCCUCCAUCCCGCGUGGGCCGAGUGCUCAGUCACGAACGCAGCCCAUGGAACACCAGCCUCCAGCUGCUGCAGAUCCUUGGUCACAGGGUGGUCACCAGCAGUCCGUGACAGGGCUGUCUCCUCUCCUACCUGGCAAGAGGCUGUGAGGCAGCUUGUGGGAGCCGACGGGCUGGGAAGGCACAUGAGGAAACAGCAGGAGUCUUCUGCUGUGGUCUCAGGCGUCACCCUGUGACAGAGCGCUGGCUUUGCUCUCGCUCUGGGGUUGACUCCUCACACAAGAGUGGUCACACCCAUGAUUGCCGGCAGCAGCGGAGACCCUGCUGUGCUCACUGCCCGCAGUAGUUGGACCCCACCCAAAUUACAAUUUUCUCUGCUUGGAUCUGUGGCUGUGUGGGAAGGGAGAGGUAUUUCCCUUGAUGACACAAUUGGUGAUCACUGCAGCUGCCACAGAAGCUCUUGGACUGGAGGAUGCUAUCAGUAAAGAGUUGGAGUCUCCCAACGGCUUCGAUGGAGAGGAGAAAACCAGCUGUAAAUCACUGCCAAAAGUCUGAGGGAAUUUGCAAAGCCAGUUGGUGUCACAGAUUUCAUCUUCCAGAAGGAGCUAUUUGCUGUGAGAGACACAGAUCCCAUGCACAACCUCUCUGCUCAGCCCUGGCAGGCAAAGAUGGCCAACCUGACCUAUGACAACUUCACCCUGGGCAACCACUCCGAGGUGGCCGUGCAGCCUCCCACCAACUACAAGACAGUGGAGCUGGUUUUCAUUGCCACUGUCACCGGCUCACUCAGCCUUGUCACCGUGGUGGGGAACAUCCUGGUGAUGCUCUCCAUCAAGGUGAACCGCCAGCUCCAGACUGUCAACAACUAUUUCCUCUUCAGCCUGGCCUGUGCAGACCUCAUCAUCGGGGUCUUCUCCAUGAACCUCUACACGGUCUACAUCAUCAAAGGCUACUGGCCACUGGGGGCCGUGGUGUGCGACCUGUGGCUGGCUCUGGACUAUGUGGUGAGCAAUGCCUCUGUCAUGAACCUGCUCAUCAUCAGCUUUGACCGGUACUUCUGUGUCACCAAGCCCCUGACGUACCCGGCCAGGAGGACCACCAAGAUGGCAGGGCUAAUGAUCGCGGCCGCGUGGAUAUUGUCCUUCAUUCUCUGGGCCCCUGCCAUCUUGUUCUGGCAGUUCAUUGUGGGCAAGAGGACAGUCCCUGAGAGGGAAUGUUACAUCCAGUUCCUCUCCAACCCAGCGGUGACAUUUGGCACAGCCAUUGCUGCUUUUUACCUGCCCGUGGUCAUCAUGACGGUGCUGUACAUCCAUAUCUCCCUGGCCAGCAGAAGCAGGGUAAGGAGGCACAAGCCUGAGAGCAGGAAAGAGAGGAAAACCAAGUCCCUCAGAUUCCUCAAGGGCCCCAUGGUCAAACAGAACAACAAUAAUUCUCCCAAGAGGGCCGUGGAGGUGAAGGAGGAGGUGAGGAACGGGAAAGUGGAUGACCAGCCAUCUGCACAGACAGAGGCCACUGGCCAUCAGGAAGAGAAGGAGACAUCCAAUGAGUCCAGCACCGUCAGCAUGACCCAGACCACAAAAGACAAGCCCACAGCAGAAGUCUUGCCAGCAGGGCAAGGACAGAGUCCAGCCAACCCCCGGGUGAACCCAACUUCCAAGUGGUCCAAGAUUAAGAUUGUCACCAAGCAGACUGGGUCUGAAUGCGUCACCGCCAUUGAGAUCGUCCCAGCUAAGUCAGGUGCCUCUAACCACAACUCCCUGGCCAACAGCCGCCCGGUCAACGUUGCCAGGAAGUUUGCCAGCAUCGCCAGGAGCCAGGUACGGAAGAAGCGCCAGAUGGCUGCCCGGGAGAAGAAAGUCACCCGCACCAUAUUUGCCAUCCUGCUGGCCUUCAUACUCACGUGGGCACCCUACAACGUGAUGGUCCUCAUUAACACCUUCUGUGAGACCUGCGUGCCCGAAACAGUGUGGUCCAUCGGCUACUGGCUCUGCUAUGUCAACAGCACCAUCAACCCAGCCUGCUAUGCCCUCUGCAAUGCCACUUUCAAGAAAACCUUCAAGCACCUUCUCAUGUGCCAGUACAGGAACAUUGGCACAGCCAGAUAAACUGGUACUCAGGGACCGUUUCAGUAUCCUUAUGGAAACCCUUCCCUUUGCCUCCUUUGCCAGCGGGGGUUCUUCUGCUCACCACUCACAACAGUGCAGACUGUGCAGUGAUUGCAGAGGAUGCCCUUCAUGCAAUGCUGACAAAAAUCCAAGGCAUUUCUGAGCUACAGGUCCUUCCAGUCACCUGGGCCUGGGGACUAGCUCAGGGAGCCAGGGAGAAAGCCAGAGGCAAGAGGAGAUGUGGUCACCAGGAGCCCUUCCCAGCUCCAUGCUCUUCAGAUUGGCCAAAUGGCAUCAGUGUUUCUCCUAAGACUGGAUGUACCUUUUUCCCCAGCUGACCAUCUCCAUGGCAUCAGAUCUUGUCUGCAUGCAGAUGGGCUAAUGCUGGAUGCUUUCCAUUGGCUUAUAAAGCGUUUAUUACCCAAGAAAUGAAAAGAAACCAGGGUCAAACAUUGCUAGACAUCUUGGACCAGGCUGACUCAGGCAGGCUAAUGGGGAGUCCUGCUGGCCCAGGCAGGCCUCCUGUGAAGGCAGCCAAGAUUGGACCCUAACAGAUGUGGCAAGAUGCUUCCUUUCCCUUGAGAGUGCCAUCAGACAUCCUCACCCAGGGUCCUGGGGCAGAAUUUUUCCCUGGACUCUGGCUCUGCUCUCCCCUUCACAUCCUUUCUGCCCUCAGACAGCAAUUUGCUGGAAAGACAGACAGAUAAACCAAGCACUUCACUCCUGGAUAAGGAGUGUGAAACCCAGUUGCCCCCGACAAUGAUGGAAACUAAAACUGGAAAGAAAAGCCCUGGUGUGGUGCAGGACUUCGUUCCACAGCCCUGGGGGAAUGGGGACCCUGAGUAGUGGGCAGCAGUGACUGUGAAAAUAACUGUCCUUGGGAGAGACAGGGGGGACCUGGGGGUCUCAGAAGGGUGGGAAGAGGGUCUGCAGUGUGGCCAAGGGGCCCUGUGUCUCAUCUGGGCCGUGAGCAGGUCCCCGCUCUCCCUGCAGUGGGUGUGGGAGGCCUAAUGCAUGGCUCUGGAGGCAGGAGAGGAUGACGGUGGCCUCCAGCCCCCUCAUGCCCUGAGUGCAGGGGGCUCCUGCAGGGAGGCUGAAGGAGCUGGUUGCUGAGCUUUGUUCAUAGAUGUAACGCUGUCAUGGGUGUUGUGGCAGAGGCCCCAGCAUGCGGGCUCCAGCCAGCGCCUCCAGCCUCCUCCCAGCCAGCCCUGUGUGCAGCCCAGAGCACCCUGGGGCUGCUCCCCAGCUUCUCCCAAAGCCGGGUGCAAGCCUUCUCCUUGCAGCCAGGUGCAGGCAAGGGAUGGGAUGGGGCCGCUCUAGCACUGGCAAACUCUGUGUCCGUAUGUCCUUCCUGUCCUCAUGCCAGGGUGCAACCUGCAGAAAGGCUGCCCCAGCCCGGAUGGGAGCCCCUCCAUCACUGCCUUUAGGGGUACCCAAAAUGCCUGGUGGAUUUCUGGGUAUUUUUAAAUGGUUACAACUGCAGCCCAACACACCCCAAGACAAAUAAAGACCUUUGACCAGGAAACUAA